CAGGGCCCGGGGCUGCACUUUGAGCUCACUGCGCUCAUGCAGGCUCUUGAGAAAAAGCCGUGUGUUUGAUUCUCACGACACAGAUAAAAAAAACUGCACAUAAACACACACCCCGCACGCGAGAUCGCGCGCGUCAGUGCCCGUCUGAGCCAGCCGAACCAGUCAGCCAGCUGCUCAGAGACAUUCCUGUCUGUCCUCAACAACUUCAGCCCACAGACUCAAGCAGCAAACAACGACGUGAACUGGUUUUAAGGCAUUUUCCCAGUCAAACCAAUAGGACCCGAGAGGAUGUGGAGUGUCAUUCCUUCUGCCAGACGUCGGUGAAACUUUGGACGGUAAACACAGCGCGGAGCGGAGGAGAGGUGGGCGCAGGACGCGCAGCCUGUGUGUCGGUCACCUGAUAUGAUGAGAAACUGUCUCUAAAUCCACUACCUCACGGAAACGCCAUGGCUGUGGACGCGGCAUCCAGUUUCAGUUUCUGCAGGCCGGCUGUGGAGUACAGGGCUCUGCCUGAGGACUUCAAGCACCAGCUAAUUCAGCAGACAGGUGGAAACCUAACCUGGCAUGAUGGUUGUGGACAGAAAACAGCAGGGGGCAGGACAGUGAAGCUGCUGCAGCAGCCAGGCACAGACACUAUGCAGUACCGUUCUGGUGACAGUUAUGGGAUGUAUCACACAAGCCCAACGCAGCCCAGCCUGAUCCGUCCUGUUGUGAUGUGGUCACAACAAGAUGUUUGUAAAUGGUUGAAGAAGCACUGCCCACACAACUAUCUGACCUACGUGGAGGCGUUCUCUCACCAUGCAAUCACAGGCCGUGCGUUGUUACGUCUGAACAGGGAGAAACUGGAGAGGAUGGGAUUAGUGCAAGAGACGCUUCGACAGGAGUUGCUGCAACAGGUGCUGCAGCUUCAGGUGCAGGAGGAGGGACGCAACCUGCAGCUACUCAGCAGAGAUUCUUUUGGAAAUAUAUCAUAGCCAGAUUUUGUCCUGUUUGAAGAAGUGGACAAUGUGGAACCAUGGAAUAUAUGAUCAAAAGCCUCAAAUGCGAACAAGAUCUGUGGGAUCGAUGCAUCCAGCGAGCAGUGAUAUCCAGGAUUAUGUUUUUAAAGGGCAGCUUAAGUUGGCAGCUCUUCAUUCACUGUCUGUACAACACACAGACAUCAUCUUCAUGGGCUGAGUAUGAACUGUGAUGAAAAAGCAUCAUGACAAUCUGUUUUGUCGAUUUAUUGCUCUAUUCUGUGAAUAAUUAACUACUCCACUCUUACUGUCUGCCUCUCUCUCUGAAACUUUUUUAAUGUUAGAAAAAAGAGCAAAUAAAAAUAUCAAAAUAUCAGAGUUGCAUUCUUUUUCUUUUCUUUUUUGCAAAUGCCUCCUUCAAGGCCAGGAAUGUAUGAUUUACCUUUGAGAGAGAGCAGCCUCAUAACAGCACAUGACUGUAAACUACAUUACCCAUAAUUCCACAGCAUGUUAAGAAGCAACAAGGUUUGGUCUCAAAAGCCAAAGUACUUAGUCUACUGUGCAUUAGAAUGACCCCUGUCGGUGUUUCAUCAUUAUAUUACUGGAUUAUUAUUGCUGCAUUAACACGCAAACAGUUAACAGGUAGAACUGUUAUUUACUCAUUUAAAUACUGUCGAAUAUUUAAAUGUGUAAUAAUGCAUCCUCAUUUUAUAAGCUGAUCACACUUUGUAUGUAAAUACAUCUGCAACACAAGUUUAAUUAAAAUGAU